CCCUUUCGCCUUGCUAUUUCUUCAUUUGCAAAAGAUGUUACCUCCGACUUGUCUAUUAGAAUGCUUGCGAGUAGAUAUAAGCAUUCAAAAAAUGAAAAGUCACUUCAAAAACCUGGUUAUGAUUCAGAUGACACAGAUUCGGAGUAUUACUCCGAAUGCCAAAGAGUAACAGAUCACCCACCAUCCACGUAUUCACAAUUUCGGGAUAUUUCUGUUUCUGUCAAAACGCCUCGUUUCGACAAAGUAUUGUCCUCUGGUCUUAAUCUGACUAGGACAGCCGUUGAACUUGCUUUCUAUCAAUCUAAGAUCCUUUACAAUGGUAGUAAAGUUCUGAAAAAAAGCCUUAUAGUUCAGGAAAAUGAUGUUCUUGAUCUUAUAUCUUCGAUGGAAGAUGGUUCGCCCCUUGUGCGACGGUAUACCUUAUCUCUUGCACUUCCUAUAGACCCUCCCUGUGCGCCCCUGCACUAUCGCAAAGCCAGCGCUACUUUUGUUUUCUGUCAUUCUCUUUGCUUGCUCAGUAUCCUUAUUCGGGCUUAG